UUGAAACAAGAACAAUAUACCCUGCACGCGGAGCAAUGAAUAGCAGCAGAGUAAGGCCACAUGAAACUUUCUUGGGCACACUUAGCUACCAGCUUUAUAUUCACAUAAACCCCUCCUCUUCUAGAUCCUACAACAACACAAACCCAUCACCUCCUCCUCUUCUCCUUCCAAGAAACAAUCAAACAAGCAAAGGAAGCUCGCCAUUGCCUGUUCCUCACAAGGGACACCAAUGCAUGCCCCGAGGAAGUUCAAGAAGGCCUUCAUGGCGCAGCUCCUGAAGAGCCUGCGGGCGGCCGGCCAGGUGUCCAAGUCCAUGGGCCUCCGUGAGCGGCGUGACGCCGUGAGGCUCUCCUCCGACGUGGCGAUGGCGCUAGCGUCCGCCCAGGGCCGCGCUGCUCCGCGCUCGGCGACGUGGGCGCGCGCCCUCGUCGCCCGGUACGCGGCGGAGCGGCGCAACGAGGCGCUCAUGCUCCGCAUCAUGGGCGGCGCCGACUAUGAGACGGCCGCGGUGGACGCCGCCGCUGCCGCAGUGGCGAGAAGCAGGAAGGAGGCCCGGAGCAGGAGGAUCGUGCGGAGGUCGCGCUGCGUGUGCAGCACCGGCAGGAAGAGGAGGAGCUUGCUGACGGCGAGCGGCGGCGGCGGAUGCGGUGCAAUGGCGGCGGCCAGGAGGAUGGUGAGGGCGAGGCUGCAGGUGCUGAGGAGUCUCGUGCCCGGAGGGGAGGCGCUGCGUGGCUUCUCCCUGCUGAGCGAGACGCUGGACUACGUUGUGUGCCUCAAGACACAGGUGGAGCUCAUGCAAUGCCUGUGCAAAGGAUCCCAUUCCCAGCUGGGUUAAGAUGCUGAUCUCAUCUCAGGGCAGCAGCAACUGCUAGACUGCAGACCUGCGUGAGAGGAUUCAAUGAAAAUCCCUUAUUAGCACACUCAUGCAUGCACAAAAAGCAAGGACUGCAACUAAAGCCGUAUGGAUGGAUGCGAGGGCUCGAAUCAAACGCCUUAAGGAGCCAACUUACUAUAGCUAGAUAGAAGUACUAUUAGUACCAGUGUAACUACUGGGCAUGUCAGUGCAAAGAUGGACCCUGGUUUAGGUAAAUCUAUGUCCUGGCAAUUAGGAUGGAGAAGCCAUUGCCCAGUUGGUAAAAUAAGUUUGAAUGGAUUAGUUACAGAAUUUUGUUCUUCUAUAUGGUAGAAACCAGAAAUCUAUGUAUGUAUAGUCUCCAAUCUGAAUGAAAUGGAGACAUUUCUGA